AUGCAGAGCCGAAGGCGUCUGUCAGUGUUCGUUUCUUUGAUCAUUUUUAUCGCCGCAAUAUCACUUGUAUUUGCAUCAAUUCAUACGGAUUACUGGGCUGAAAGUCGUCCCAUCAACGCAAAAUUCAAUUCCGACAACAAUUAUGUAAAUCUGGGCUUGUUCAGGGUAUAUGAGGAACUGCACAAUCGAAUAAGCUUUAUGGCAAAAGUUCCUUGGAUAUUUAUAAUUUUCUUUCUGGCGCUUGGAAUUUUAUGGAAUAUACUGGGUGCAAUUGUCGCACUCCUGAAUACGGUGGCUAAAGAGACAGAUACGGUCGCUGGGCCAAAAGGAAUUUAUUUGUGGAGCAUACUCUCUGUGGUCUCAUAUGCAGCAGCGUUGGCAACCUUCUUAGUACAGUAUGCAACAACAAUUCGAUGCAAUGUACUAUUGGAUGAACAUAUUAGUAGCGGAUUUUCAACUGAAAACCGGACAAGGUCUCUGUAG